CGUCGCAAUUUUGCAUUUUAUUUUGUUGUGACUUGUUUUUGAAUUGUUGUGAAAUUUUGCGCCUCUCUAAAAAAUGUCCACUAUUGAAAAAUUAUCCAUACAAGGAAUACGGAGUUUUGGUUCCAAUUCGGAGGAUGUUCAGACGAUAACAUUUUCGUCGCCGGUGUCACUGAUCGUGGGUGAAAAUGGUUGUGGCAAGACGACUAUAAUAGAGUGCCUUAAAUAUGGACUCACUGGUGAAGUGCCGCCUGGUGGUGAUCAUGGACGCAGCUUUGUGCAUGAUCCAAAAAUAUUUAAUCAAGCUGGCACUUUGGGUCAAAUCAAAUUGGAAGUUAGUAAUAUACAAGGAAAACGCCUAUCCGUUUGUCGCUCUAUGAAAAUAUCGAAUAAACGUGGUAAAUAUUCAUUUGAAACACUAGAUGCGACUAUGAACUAUAUAGAUAGUAAAGGUGAUGGCAAAGGCACUACGAAUUCCAUUAGUAAGCGUUGUGUUGAUGUCGAUGUGGCUAUGUGUCAGUUUAUGGGUGUGUCUAAAGCUAUAAUCAAUAAUGUGUUGUUUUGUCAUCAAGAGAAUUCAAGUUGGCCAUUGGAUGAGUCGAAAAAGUUGAAAGAUAAAUUCGAUGCCAUAUUCGGUAUAACCGAAUUUAAUAAAACAAUCGAGCGUAUAAUCAAAAUGCGCAAAGAGGAAGCUGAAAAUUUAAAAGUCAAAGAGACGCAUUUACUCUUUCUUGCACAUUUAAAGCAAGAAAUGGAUGAUAAAUCGCUAACUUUGAAGAAGGCACAAGAGAAGUGUGCAACUAUAGAACAAGAGUGCGAGCGUUGUGAGGAAGAAAUGAAGCCAAUCGAAGCACGUCUGCUGGAGAUACGCAACGUCGAAUAUGAUGUCGGCAAGCAUCAAGCGAAAAAGGUUGAAAUCGAAACCGAACAGAAGAACUGCCAGGAGCAAAUAUUGGCUUUGAGCAGCAAUAUAAAAGUGCCAUUCGAAGGUAGCCGCGAGGAGUUAGAACAAGAAAUUAAUGAUUUCGCACAGAAAAUGCUUGAGAAGCGUCAACGGCGAAAUGUGUUGGACAAAAAGGUGGAUGCGCUGAGGCAAGAAGAAAAAACUUUACAAAGAAACUAUACAGAUUUGGAUAAAAAACGCAUACUGCUGAUGCAGCAACGGCAAAAGGAACAAGAAUGCAUUUCGAAACGUGCCGAACAAUUGAAAACACUCUGUCAACAGUUGGGUAUUACACUCACCGAAGAUUUAGAAUUUCAACCUGAAAGUGUGCCUGCGGUAUUGGAAAAAGUGGAAAAUUCAUUGCUAAAUAAAGAGUGCAGUAUUACGGAAAGCGUGGCGCAAACCGAUAAAGCGGAUAGUGAACGGCAGCGUGAAAUAGACACACAACGUGUGGAACUCACUAAAGUGGAAGAAGGCAUUGUGACAUAUGAAAAACAGAAGAAACUCAAUGAAAAAGAAUUGAGCACAAUUACCAAAGAGAUUGCCGAAAUCGAGACGUCUGCGCAGCGUAUAAAAGUUUUAACCGAAAAUAUAGAACGUCUUAUCAAAAUGAUGGACGAAAUGAAUGGUAAAUGCAAUCAGGAAACACUGCGUGCUGACAUAGCUGAGAAAAAGGCAAAAAUUGUGAAAUUGCAAGAGCAAUUUCGUGAAUUAGACGAGCGUCUAACCAAAUUGAAUAUGUUGUCCAAGUUGAUGGCUGAGAUUACGUUGAAACAAAAAGAGUUGGACAAGAAAGAGCAGGAUGUGAAACGCGUAAAAGGCAAGCACGCCGAUAACUUUAAGAAACUGCUCAGCCGGCCGGUGGAAAGCAAUUAUAAGCGUGCCAUACAAUUGUGCAGCGAAAAGUUGCGUGAUAAUAUUAAGGAGUUAAAUGGGAAAUCCAAUAAAUUGCAAUUGGCCCAACAGUCGUGUGAGAUAAAACGUAAAAAUCUGAAAGCAGAAUUAGUGAAAUUAGAAAAAGAAUUGGAAGAGUCAAAGGAGAAAGUUUACGAAGCGUGUCAUGCCGCAACAUACGAGGAUACGCUGGCUAAAAGCAAAGCGGCAAUGGCGAAAUAUCAAUUAGAGCAUGGCGCCUUACGCUCUGCCGAGGCCAUGUACAAAAAAUACAUAGAAAAGGUCACAGAGGAGCCAUGUUGUCCGCUAUGCCAUAAAGAUAUGACUGAUAAUGAGGCCACCGAUAUCACCAUGGAAUUAUCAGAUGAGAUAAGUCGCUUGCCAGAGAAUAUAAAACGCACAGAAAAACUGUUGAAAGCAGAGCAGAAGCGAUAUGAAAAUCUAUUGCACAUAAAAUCGGUCGUAGAGACAGUCGCUAAACUGGAAGCAGACAUUCCGAAGAAAAAACAAGAACUCAGCAGCAUAGAAGAGAAGUUGGCGGAAUGUGUAGAGGAACGCGAAUCACUACAAAUGCUGCUGGCUGAGCCGACAACUUCUUUGGAGUUGGCUGAUUCGAUGAUGGGCGAUGUCUCACUGCUGGAUGAGGCUAUGAAGGAGAUUACGCGUUUGAAAAAUGAUAUUGCGCAAUUGAAUACAAGAUUACCAGCCGACUUUGAGUCCGAUGUCAAUAUAGAGGAACUGCAAAUGACUAAAGCAGGCGUAUCUGAAGAACUGGAUACUGAACGCCAUAAGUUAGAGGAGACACAGGCGAAUCUCGAGAAAAUCGUAAAUACUUUGAAUAAAAUGCAAGAAAAGAAGAACGCUUAUCAAGAUGAACGCCUAAAACUGCAAGAAGGCCAACAAUCGUUAGCACAGCUGCAGGAGCGUCAAACCGAAUUGAAGAAUUUAAUUGAGAGCAAAACUGCCGAAAUAAAACUACUAACCACGCGACUGCCCACAUUGAAGCAGAAGCUAAAUGCCUUAGUAACUGAGAAGAAUCGCCUUUUGGAGGCCUCGCGCAAGCGUGUGGCGAAAAUGCAAACCGAAUUGAAUGCAUACAAGAAAAUGGACCAUGAAAUAGAGCGCUUAACUAAGGAAGUGCUUGAAUUUCAAACGCUAAAUCUAGUUGCGGAAAUUGCAGAAUUGAAGGAGUCCAUAAAGACGUGCAAAGCGCAGCUUGAAAAGAAGACCGAAGAAAUUUUAAAAACAUCAAAUGAACUCGAAGCGGUCAAAACCGAGUGCUUACAACAAGAAACGCUCGAACGUGAUUUGAAGGAUAACCGUGAAUUGAAGCUAUUGCAGGAUAAAAAGGCGAGUAUUGAUGUGCGGGUACAAGCUAUUACCAAGCAAUUGGGAAAAAUGGAUUUCCCAAAGUUAUCACUGGAAAAGAACACAUUGAUUAAGCAACGUGAAAAGGGCACCGAGCGCAAGGGUGAAUUAAUCGGCAAAAUUGGUGAGGUUAAAGGUCAAAUUAAAAAAUUAGAAAGCGAAAUUGACGAACCCAAAUAUAAGAAUUCACUUGAGAAUUAUCGUCGUGCCUUCUACGAAGUAGACACAUGCAAACAACUGAUUAAGGACUUGGGUGAGAGUCGCAUCAGUUUGGAGUGGUCACUCAUGCAGUUUCAUGCUGAGAAAAUGCAACGUAUUAAUCGGCUUAUACGCGAGUAUUGGCGUCUAAUUUAUCGUGGCAACGACAUUGACUACAUACAAAUACAAACCGAUGAGGUGGAUCUGAAUGCGAAUGCCGAUCGGCGACGCAACUACAAUUAUCGUGUUAUGCAAUCGAAGAAUGGCUCUGAGAUUGAAAUGCGUGGCCGUUGUAGUGCCGGUCAACGUGUGCUGGCAUCGCUGAUUAUACGCAUGGCAUUGGCCGAAACGUUUAGCAGCAAUUGUGGUGUGUUGGCGCUGGAUGAGCCGACAACAAAUUUGGAUCGUAAUAAUAUCCUAUCAUUGUGUGAGGCCUUGAAUCGCAUUGUGGACGAGCGGCGUAUGCAAUCGAAUUUUAUGUUGAUCAUAAUUACGCACGAUGAUGAUUUCAUAUCUACGUUGGGCAAAAUAAACAGCUAUCAUCGUGUAUUUCGUAAUGAUGAAUGCAAAUCGGUUAUACGAAAGGUGAAAGUGUCCUAAAUUGAAAUGAUAAUGUUAAUACAGCAGUUAAGUUGCACUUUUACUUUGCUAUUAAUUUCUAAUUUAUAUAUUUUUGAAUAUAAAUAUUAUAUUUAGCAACUAUAUUCCUAUGAAAGAUACAUUUUUACAGUACUUUGUUUACUUAAACGGCAAAAUUGUUACUCUCUCUUAUAUUAAUAUCUUACUGAAUGAUUUUUGCUAUAUUUCCAGUUAUUAUAAUUUCAUUGUACCAAUUUUCGUCCUUCCGUUUGACUUUGUACCAUACAUUUCGGUAUAUAAAAGAAUUAUCUUAUUAAAAAUCAAGUGCCAAAAAGAUGAGAUCUUGGUACAGAUCUUCCCCUAGUCUCCAUGUAGCCAUUUAGCCAUUAUAACGCGUCUCGUUGUUGUUAUGUUAAUAAUAUAUGGAGAUAUAGCGUAACUGUGCUCUAAAUCCAGAUCCGUGCCGGUUACGUAGACCCUAUGGUUCAAGAAAAUUAUGCGAAAAUAUUUUUUGUAAUUGCGAGAGUAUUUAGCAUUCGGCUGCAGCUGAAUUUGACCCCCGUUUUUUAUGUUUUAAUAUUUUAUAAAUUUGGUUUAAAAAAAUACUUUCAAAUCAAUAUCCAUUAUUUAAAAUUCUGCCGACUCUACGAAACACAAUUGAAUUAGUUUUCUAUGUUUUUGUUUUUAUUUUUUAUUUAUUUAUGUUUUUUUUUUAGUUUUUUUGGUUGGUGUUUUCUCGUUCUUAGUUUCUCAGUUUUUCUUUUAUUUAAUUUUGCUUUUGUAUAGAUAAGCCGUUAAUGUAGUGUGUUUGUUUUUGUUGGUAAUUACCUUUACUUUUUUAAGAAAAAAAAUGGUAAUAUUUUUCAUAAUAAUUAAUAUAUGUACUAGUAUUAUUAUAUAAUUCUUUACAUACUAUUUUUCAAAAAACAACGAUUUUAAUUUAGUAAUAGACAGACAGAUAUAGUCUGUUCUAAAAUUAAGCGAUUUUCUUAAUGUCUUAAUACAUAUAAAUGAAUAAAAUCGGGUCAUAAAUAUUUUAUUUUUAAAUGUAUCAACGUCAGCCACCUGUAGCGUGCUACUGUCUGUCUUGGGAGUAUAUAAUACAUGGUCACUUUUAAAUAUUGUACCGUUUAAAAAUUUGUCCACUGGAAAUAACUAUUGACGAGGUAAAAUACUUCAAAUGUUACUCAUAAUGAAUGAUUGAAUGUCAAAAAAUCUAAGAUUUAUUUUCAAAAGAUCAUUUGAUUUUCUACUAUUCCGUUGAACAUCGCCUUAGGGAGAAGACUUCAGCAAUAACCUGGAUACCCAAAAUCCUGUCCUCUUCUAAAGUAGUAUAGUAGAACGCUGUACUCUCCCAAUCCUUCUCUCAUACUCUCUCUCACAUUCUCAUACUCACACAUACUUCAAACUAUCUCUGUCACACUUUCACUCUCUCUGUCCUACACUCACUCACGCAAUCUAUUGCUCACUCUCAAUCAUUUCUCUCUCCCUCACACACAUUCAUUCCUCUCUCUCAAUUAAAAAAAGAAAUUUUUAUAUAUUUUUUGUUUAUAUGUGUUUUUAUAUAUUUAUUUUUUAAUUUAUAUAUUUUUUAAUGUUUUUUUUUAUAAUUUUUUAAUGUUUUUUAAAUACUUUUUUAAUAUUUUUUUAGUUUUAAAAAUUUUUUUAUUAUUAUUUUAUGAAAUAUUUUUUAAUUAAAUUUUUUUAUAUAUAUUUACUUUAUAUUUUUAAAUAUUUUUUUAUACUUUUUUGUAUUUUUUUUUUUAAUCUAUCGUUCACUCUCACUCAUUUCUCUCUCUAUUUCUCUCACUCAUUUCUCUCACUCAUUUCUCUCUCUAUUUCUCUCACUCAUUUCUCUCACUUAUUUCUCUCACUCAUUUUUCUCACUCAUUUCUCUCUCACACUCAUUUCUCUCUUUCAUUUCUCUCUCACACUCAUUUCUCUCUCUCUCACACACUCAUUUCUCUCUCUCUCACACUCAUUUCUCUCUCUAUCUCACUCAUUUCUCUCUCACACUCAUUUCUCUCUCACACUCAUUUCUCUCUCUCUCACACACUCAUUUCUCUCUCUCUCACACACUCAUUUCUCUCUCUCUCACACACUCAUUUCUCUCUCACACUCAUUUCUCUCUCUCUCACACACUCAUUUCUCUCUCUCUCACACACUCAUUUCUCUCUCUCUCUCACACUCAUUUCUCUCUAUCUCUCACACACAUUCAUUUCUCUCUCUCUCUCUCUCUCUCUCUCUCUCUCUCACACUCACUCUAUCGUCUUCUCACUCUCACUUACCAUACCGCUCACUCUCACUAACUCCCUCCCUCCCUCACUCUCUGGUAAUUUUUUGUUUUGAAAUAAAAUUCUCGCCCGUAACCCGACUCUAACUGUUCUAAUUCUUUCAUUUCAAUCGAACAUCUGUCAAUUGACGUCUAAUUCGUAAGAGUCAUAACGUAACCAAAGUAAACAAACAUAUUUACUAACGUAACAUAAUAAAAAUAGUAAGAAGAGUGCUGUAGUUGUAAUUUUACAAAUAUUGACAAAGUUACCUUAUCUUUCGAGAGCAACUGUAUCAAUAACAUUCGCGACGCAAAUACUCACUCCAUUGUGCGACCCCGUUCCGUACUAAUUUAGUUACGCAAAUUCAUACACCUCUCGCUAUAAAUAUUCGCAAUAUCGCCAUUGAUAUCCUCAGUACUUAUCGGGUUAUUGCAACCAAGCAGUCUUAAGUUGACAGUAUUCAACGGUAUAUAGAACGAAGUUAAAAAUCAGCAACAAAACAUGAAGUCAUCUAUGUUAUUCGUUUCGUUAUUGCUGAUCGCCACUUUGCUACUGGUCAGAGUGCCUGAAGCAGAAUCGACAAUAAUUCUAUUGCUUUGU